UUACAACAAUAAGAAAAUACUUAUCGGAAAAAUCUGUAGUAUUUAAAUUUCAAGUGACUUUGAAGAAAUUGAUUCAAUUCAGUGCAUAAAUAAUGUGAAAAUAUGUGACCGUUCACACGACAUUCCUGUUCAGUGAUUCUUGGAAUAAGAACGCCAUCAGUAACAUUAUUUUAUCGGAAUCUAAAUCUGUUGCGGUGGUGCUCUGGCUGGAUCGUUCCGUCGUUGCUGCAAGAGCGAAGAUCGGUGUUCAGUGCUCACAGGCUUUUUUGUGCCUUCCUUCUGGGUUGUGUGUGCUUCUUCUUUGGCGUUCAGCCAGUCAGUGUUCAGUCGGGUCGGAUGCAAAGAGUGCGGAGAUAUUCACAUUAGUUGCGUUUUCUUUCAUCUACCACACACCACAACACACAACAUUCAUAAAUUCAAGUUCGUCUUGUCUGGUUCUGUUGGCUCGUCGAUGUGAGCCGUUGAAUCGAUGCCUCUGCCGCUGUGGAGGACUUAGAACGCGAGAGAGUUGUCGACGAGCAGAGCUGGAAUAAGUGUUUCCGAUUAGGUCGGAAUGCUCUGCUGUGCUAAUUCGUUUUUCUGAAGCUCGGAAACCCGACUCGCGCUAAAGUUCAACCCUUGCACAAUUAACCGAAACCGAACCAGAACGGAGACACCUUAAGUCAGCAUAAACCACACAGAGGUUUUCGAUUGCACGAAGAAGAAAAAAACUGCUACCGGUGUUGUCUUUUUUGGUGCUCGUGGCGUGUCUUCAUGAGACCUCAAUCGUCGAUUCGUUGCAUGGAUCUGGGAAUUACUUUGGGAAUCGAGUUGCGCCCAAUGUUUGACGGCUAAGAAGAGCACAAAGAACACGGAAAGGAGGUUUUAAUUGGUACCGAGCUGAUGGAUUUCAGUGCUUUGAUGUUGUUGACCCUAGAGAGACCGGUCGGCAGAACACUGGUGUGGUAGCGAAGGGUGUGGGUGGACGGUCAACUCGCGAGACAUCCGUUCCCGAAAACCGGAAGUGACCAUUUUACACAUCUACAAAAUUUUGCGCCGAUCCGGCCAGUGAGUGCUGUUAUUAGCAUUCUCUACCUGAAAGUAAUUGUUGCUUUGUGUGAUUUCCUCCGUUUGAUUUCCAUAAUUCCGUUUCAUUGCAGCCUGCCUGAGCGACGUUGUGCUUGUUUGUUAGUGUAUGAAUUUGAGGGGGAACGAAGUUGAAACACGUGAGCCGGGUCUGUAUGUUUUUAGUGAUGUGUGAUGUAUGCUGUGUGAACGGCACAUAAAAAUUCAUUUCGACCAGAACGGUUGUGAGAGGAAGCGUUCCGGAGUGUUGUGUAUGUUUUAACACUUUUUUGGUAGUGCAUUGUAAUUUCUCGAAAGGAAGAAGCGCCGUUGAUGGUGGAGAAUAAAAUUAUUAAGUGCUAUGAAUGAGCUAAAUCCAGAGUGUUUUAUACGUGCUCGGUGUAUGCUUCGUGGAUUAUCGUAGUGUUACGAUCGGGGUCUCGUGGAAUAAUACCAUUCUGUGAUCGAGUAGAAGCCCUUCCCCCAAAGAUGGGUUUGGCAUCGUCGAAGGCGGCCAACAGUAUUGCCGCCGGUAGUGGCGUCGGCGGUGGUGGUUCCAAACAUGACAGCGUAAUUGUCGAGACCCGGCACCACCAUCCGGAUAUUCAGCAACCAUGCUCGCUGCUACCGUCGCCUUCGAGCGUUAUCGACAGCUGGAAACCGUCGAGCUGUCACGUACGGCAGGCCAGCAUCCGGUCGCGCAAUUUGCAGCCCAUGCCGGACAUUGGCGAGCUGGAUCGGCGAUUUGCAAAAGUACUGGCAUCCAUGGAUCUCCCGCCGGACAAGGCGAAGCUGCUGAAAAACUACGACAACGAAAAGAAAUGGGAUAUCAUUUGCGAUCAGGAAAUGGUCCACGCAAAAGAUCCCCCCGCGCAUUAUCUCACCAAACUGCGAACCUAUCUGGAUCCGAAAGCUUCGCGAAGCCAUCGGAAACGAAAAAUGGUUGGCGAGUCCACCUCAACACAAGUUCUCCGAGAUCUGGAAAUCUCGCUUCGCACAAACCACAUCGAAUGGGUCAAGGAGUUUCUUGACGACGAAAAUCAAGGCCUGGACGCGCUGAUCGACUAUUUGAGUUUCCGGCUAACGAUGAUGCGUCACGAGCAGCGAAUACAGGAAGCCAAAUCCGAAUCGGACGAGGGCCUGAAUCCGAAGGAUACGACGAUAGCGUCGUACGGUAGCAACGAAACGAACCACAAGCUAGGCACAAAUGGAUUCAUGCGACCCGGUCUAGGGGAUAUGAUGGAUAGUCCCAGUAUAAAGCGGAGGUCGCGACAUAUCGCGAAGCUGAAUAUGGGCCUGACCACGGAUGAUAUCCACGUGUGCAUAAUGUGCAUGAGGGCUAUCAUGAACAAUAAGUACGGCUUCAAUAUGGUGAUCCAGCAUCGGGAAGCGAUUAAUUGUAUAGCGUUGAGUUUGAUACACAAGUCCCUGAGGACAAAGGCGUUGGUCCUUGAACUGUUGGCAGCGAUAUGUCUGGUGAAAGGGGGUCAUGAAAUCAUCUUAUCGGCAUUCGAUAAUUUUAAGAAGGUCUGCUCCGAGCAGCGUCGCUUCCAGACGCUGAUGGAGUACUUUAUGAACUACGAACUAUUUAAUAUAGAUUUUAUGGUUGCAUGUAUGCAAUUUGUAAAUAUCGUUGUACAUUCCGUGGAAGACAUGAACUACAGGGUGCAUCUGCAGUACGAAUUUACUGCGCUAGGGUUAGACGAAUAUUUGGAGAAACUAAGGUUAACAGAGUCCGAAGAGCUUCAUGUUCAGAUAUCGGCCUAUUUGGACAAUGUGUUCGAUGUGGCCGCGCUGAUGGAAGACAGCGAAACGAAGACUGCCGCCCUCGAGAGGGUAAACGAAUUGGAGGACGAAUUGGGCCGUGCCUUGGAUCAGGCUAGUGAAAUCGAGCGGGAAGCAUUGUUCAAAAUUGGUGAACUCGAAUCCGAACUAAGUCAAACUCGAGCUGAACGAGACGAUCUCUGCAACAAACUACGAGUUGUUGAAGAGGAAAUUGCGAAGCUCAAGCGAGCUCUCAAACAACACGAGCAGGAAUCCAAGAGCCGUCAAUCCAUGCUACUGGAAUUGGAGAAUCUCACAAAGACCCUGCCGAAGGGAACAUCCAUUGCGGAUGUUUCGAAUAUGCUCGCGAAUGGUGGCAAACUCUCCGAGCUCAGUCCUACGAGCAACGGAGGAGGAGACAAAGCCGCACCACCAAUACCGCCGCCGCCAGCACCUCCAGCGCCACCUGCUCCCCCUGUAGCACCAACGCCACCGCCACCACCCUGCCCACCAGCACCUAAUAUCAAUGGAAACGCACCACGAGCGCCCCCGAAACCACCUGCAUUCAUUCCACCUCCACCGGCUGGUCCCGGUGGAUUCAUGGGUGCCGCUAUGCACUGCACUGACGGCAACAUGACCAUCAAACGUAAAGUACAAACGAAAUACAAACUGCCAACGCUCAACUGGGUUGCACUAAAACCGAACCAGGUUCGGGGCACCAUCUUCAACGAACUGGACGACGAGAAACUGCACCGGCAGAUCGAUUUCAUCGAUUUCGAAGAGCGCUUCAAGAUCGGGAUGGGUGGACCGCUGACGAAUGGCAACUGCGACAUGGACGGGCUAUCGACGUUCCCCAGCAAGCGAUUCAAGAAACCGGAGCACAUUUCGCUGCUCGAGCACACGAGGUUAAGAAAUAUUGCAAUCUCUCGUCGCAAGCUGGAAAUGCCCGUCGACAUUGUCAUUAAAGCGAUCAACAACCUGGAUCUCAAACAGCUGUCGCUAGAAAACGUCGAACUCCUGCAGAAGAUGGUCCCAACCGACCAGGAGCAGAAGAUGUACAAGGAAUAUGUGAUAGAGAAGAAGGAUCUGAACUUGCUGAGCGAGGAGGAUAAGUUCAUGCUGCAGCUAACGAAGGUGGAGCGAAUCUCUUCGAAGCUGUCGAUUAUGAAUUACAUCGGUAACUUCUUCGACAGUUUGCAUCUCAUAAACCCGCAAAUCUACGCCAUCAUCUCCGCCUCGUCGUCGAUCAAAUCGUCGAAAAAGUUCCGCUCGGUGCUCGAGGUCAUUCUCGCAUUCGGUAACUAUCUGAACAGCAGUAAACGUGGCCCGGCGUACGGGUUCAAGCUGCAAAGCUUGGACACCCUGCUGGACACCAAAUCCAACGACAAACGGAUGAGCCUGAUGCACUACAUCGUGGCAACGGUACGGCAAAAGUUCCCCGAGCUGAUGAACUUCGACUCGGAGCUGUUCUGCAUCGAUAAGGCGGCGCAGGUCUCGCUGGAGAUUCUUAUCUCCGAUGUCAACGAACUGGAGAAGGGCAUGGAAGCCGUCCGGAAGGAAGCUGACCUGCGAGGGAAGGGCUCUCAUAAUCAUGUGCUGCGAGAUUUCCUCAACAACUCUGAGGAAAAGUUGAAGAAAAUACGAACUGACUGCAAAACUGCGCAGGAUUCGUUCAAAGAAUGUAUCGAAUAUUUCGGUGAAUCAUCCAGGAAUGCAGACGCCAAUGCAUUCUUCUCGCUACUAGUCCGAUUCGUGAGAGCUUUCAAGGCAUGUGAUCAGGAGAACGAGCAGCGUCGACGGCUGGAGCAAGCUGCCCUCCAGGCUGCCAACAAGAAGGACGACACCGAGGGGGUUGUCCUGCGGAACAACAAGAUCAACAACCAGAAGAAGCAACAGGUACGCCUUUCAACGCAUAUUGCUUUGCUUGCCGGUAAUGGCACUGGUACUGCUAUUGCCGGUUCAGCUGCCGGACCAAGCGGCAGCGGUACGGGUGCUGGUGUGGGGAUGGGUGGUAUUGGGGAUCCCAGUAUCCGGCUGUCCAGCACGUUCUUGCAAAAUCUAACCCACAUGAACCGAGAGUUGCAACAUGUGUUUGGCGGACCGCGACCGCUGGCUAGCUAGUAUUUGCGUGUGCGUGGUUAAAUUUGUUGAGUUUGCAAUUUUCUUUUGCUAGCGAAUUUGUGCUUCUGGUAGUUUCAUGUUUUCAUUGUUCUAGACAUUGCUUUGGACGAAAUAUAAUUGAGACAUAUUUUUGAUUAGAUUAAACUUGCACUAAUUGGUAAAAUGUGGCACACAUUGGUUAGGGAUAAUUUCAAUUCUGCAAAAAUAUGUCUCAAUUUAUCCAGACUAAGAUCAAAUAUAUUGUUUAAUAAUAUUAUAUUGCUUUAAAGUGUAACAUCUAUUGUAUGAUAACUUGUGCAUAAUCUGGUUUAUGUGUGUAUCUGUGUAGCUUUUAAGUUUAUUGUUGUUCUAUUAAAUAUAUAUUACAUACUUUGUUUGUAAA